AUGGUUAAACAAUCAAUCACCUUAAAAGCUGAAACUGAAGAAAUCGAAAAUAUCUACCCAUGCACCGAUAAAGUUUUCUUUGUUAAAAUUAAAUGUUCAAACUGUGGUGAAACCCCAGAUAAAUUUAUUGGUUUAGAUAAAUCAAAUAUUGAAGUCGUUGGUAAAUCAAAUGUUAAUUUAUUAAUGAAAUGUAAGGGUUGUAAUAGAGAAAAUAGUAUUGUAGUUGAAGAAACUAAUUAUUCAGAAAGAACCAUCGAAUCAGAAAAAUCAUUUGAAAUUGCCAGAUUUGAUUGCAGAGGUGUUGAAAUUGAAGAAUUUGAUCCAAGAGAUGCUUGGAUUGUCGUUUCAUCAUCAGGUAAAAAAUAUAAUGAUGUCGAUUUAACAGAGUAA